CUCGGUUGCUUCAGUAGUUGCCUCCACUCCACCUUUCAAUGUAAGAUGGUGGUUUCUGUUAUAACUAGGUAGCUAGCAUCAUUAUUUGAAAGAAUGGGCAAAGUGUUAUCACUAAACAAAUUAUAUUGAAUUAAAUCCAUCACAAGAGGUAUCCGGCCUAUCAAAUUGUACAUAGAAAAGGCGACAUAACCCCCACCCCGCCCAUUCGGUGCGAUCAUCCCGGAGAGGAAUUCCCAGCAAGAAACAAGACAGGCUGAGAUCCGAACCUCAAACCCCAGCCACCCAUCACCCCUCCACCUUGAGCGACUCCCACCUCGGCCCUCACACCCCGACCGGCAGACCCGUCCUCUCCCAGCCACCCACCCGUCCCGCCCCCCAGCAGGUGCCCCCCGCCCCCCUGCCACAGGAUGUCCAGCAGCCCUGAGAUGAAGGAGGAGUGCCACGACAUGGAGUGUCCGCUGUGCAUGGAGGCUCUGGAGAUCGACGACGUCAACUUCUUCCCCUGCACCUGCGGCUACCAGAUCUGCCGCUUCUGCUGGCACCGCAUCCGCACCGACGAGAACGGCCUCUGCCCCGCCUGCAGGAAGCCCUACCCGGAGGACCCCGCGGUCUACAAGCCCCUCUCCCCCGAGGAGCUGCAGAAGAUCAAGAGCGAGAAGAAGCAGAGGCAGAGCGAGAAGCGGCAGAAGCUCACGGAGAACCGGAAGCACCUGGCCAGCGUGCGCGUAGUCCAGCGCAACCUGGUGUUCGUGGUCGGCCUGUCCCAGAGGCUGGCCGAGCCCGAGGUUCUCAAGAGGCCAGAGUAUUUUGGCAAGUUCGGGAAAAUCCACAAGGUGGUGAUAAACAACAGCACGUCCUACGCUGGCUCACAGGGUCCCAGCGCCAGCGCGUACGUGACGUACAUCCGCUCGGACGACGCCCUCAGAGCCAUACAGUCUGUGAACAACGUGGUCGUGGACGGCAGGACACUCAAGGCUUCUUUAGGGACGACUAAGUACUGCAGCUACUUCUUAAAGAGCAUGCAGUGUCCCAAACCGGACUGCAUGUACCUCCACGAGCUAGGCGAUGAGGCGGCCAGCUUCACCAAGGAGGAGAUGCAGGCGGGGAAGCACCAGGAGUACGAACAGAAGCUGCUCCACGACCUCUUCAAGAACACCGCCACGUUGCCACAGAGCGCCGUCGCCGGCGGGGAGAAGACCAAGAGCAAAUCCGUCUCCUUACAGAGGUCCAACAGCACCAACAACACAGAGAUGUGGCCCUCCCUGCAGCCCCCGGACCAGCUGGCCGGGGGGCUGCUGUCCUCCGAGCCGGGGAAGAGCCCGUCGCCGGACAGCAGCUCGGACUCGGACCACCUCACCCCCGAGGAGGGGCUGGACUCGGACCCGGGGCUCCCCGGCUCCUUCGCCGGCCUCUCCUCCCACUUCUCCUCCAGCUGCGACCGUGCCAGUCCCAGUGACAAACUGCCAGAUAUCAUCAGUAUCAGCAACAGUGAUACCUCACAACUGCUCCCUUGCAGUGACUCUCCGUCGCCCCCUCCUGGCCUGAGCAAACACAACCUGGUGAUGCCCAUCAGCGUGAGUGGGCUCAUGGUGCGCUCCCCCUUCGAGGGCUCCUCCGCCGAGUCCCAGUCCCUGUUCUCGGACAACAGCAACUUCAGGCACCCCAACCCGGUGCCCAGCAGUGGCAUGCCCGGCCUGGGGGGCUCCCCGCAGAACAGCUCCACCGAGUGGCCCACCGCCCCCGAACCACAGAGCCUCUUUGCCUCAGACACCAUGCCGGUGUCGUCGUCCACGGACUGGCAGGCGGCCUUCGGCUUCGGCUCGUCCACGCAGCCGGCGCAGCAGACGCCCGCCGCCCAGAGCACGCAGGACGACGAGCUGGGCUUCGACCCCUUCGACGUGACGCGCCAGGCGCUGGCCGACCUCAUCGAGAAGGAGCUCUCCCUGCAGGACAGCCCGCCGCCGGCCCCCCUGUCCCCGGGGCCCUUCUCCCGCAGCAGCCCCGCCCACGGCCCCGCCCCCGGCCUCCCCACGUCGCUCCCCGCCGCCAGGGGGGGCUUCGGAGGCGGCGCCGGCCCCCCGGGCAUGCUGCCCCCGCCCAACAACCCCUUCCCCCUGGGGCUGCAGCACCGGUACUCCCAGAUGCACCACCACCUCCAGAACCACCACCACCACCACCACCACCAGCAGCAGCACCAGCAGCAGCAGCAGCACCAGCCCCAGCAGCCCCACCCGCGACCCGGCUACACCUCCUUCAGCUUCCCGGUGGGGGGGGGCCACCACCACCACCACCUCCCCUCGCCCACGUCGUCCUCGUCCCCCUCCUCCUCCUCGUCUUCGUCCUGCUCCUCGUCCUCCUCCUGCUCCAACAACGUGGGCCACUCCCCCGGGACGGCCUCCCGCCAGCCCUGGUUGGCCGGGGGCGGCGGCGGCGGUGGCGGGGGCGGGACUAUGCCGCCCGGCGUCGCGCGCAAUCACUUUGCACACAUGAACCACGCGGUCGGCAUGACGAUAGCGUCCUCGGCCCUGGAGAGCAGCUUCUUGGACUUAACGAUGCCCCGACUGCACAGCACAGGCCUCGGAGGGAUCGCCAUCUCGGAACACAACGGGUCUGACGACGGGCUCAACGUGAAGGAGUGGCAGGACGGCCUGCGCGCCCUCCUGCCCAACAUCAACAUCAACUUCGGCGGCCUGCCCAACUCCUCGCCCUCCUCCUCCUCUUCCUCCUCCUCCUCUUCCUCCUCCUCCCUGAACGGCGUCAGCCACAACGCGGGCCCCCCCACCGCGCUGGGCUUCGGGGUCGGGACCACCAGCUGCUGGGAGAACACAGCCAGCUGGAUGGACCCCGCCAUCAUCACCGGUGUUCCGUCAGGCAACACGGCCAACGGCCUGGACUCCCUCCACGACGACAACCCCCCCCACUGGCUCAAGUCCCUGCAGGCGCUCACCGAGAUGGACACGCCCUCCGGCCCCGCCCCCAGCCCCGCCCUCAGCUCCGCCUCCCUCGCCCCCCCGCCCGGCACCACCCCCGCCGCCGCCUCCAGCGGCCCCGCCCACCACACCCAGCAGCAGCACCCACACAGCACCCACUUCGGGAGCCACAUCCCCCUCCACAGAUUAGGCUGGGGCUCCUACCCGCCGCUGCCCCCCGGGAUCCCCUCCGGUCAGUUCCUCUCCGGCCCCCCGCCGGGCUUCCAGACCCCCCCCUUCAGAGCCGCGGUACAGAGCCAGACUGAGCUGCUACAGAACGCCGCCAUGGACCGGCACUAGGACCCAGAGACUCGCUCCGACACCCCCCCCCCCCCCCUGACAUAGGACCUCCCAGUCAUAACCCAUAAUAACCCCCCCGGCGAAACACUCCCACCAGACCCUCUCGCAACGCGCAAACUGGAUAAAACUAUUAAUGAAAAAUGAUUUACAUGCCAUACUUUUUCUUUUGGUUUCUCCUUCUUCUCCUCCUCCCUCCUCAUCCUCCUCCUCCUCCUCCUCUGUGACUCCUUGUGUUUCUGUCCACUCUCUCCCAGGUUGGUUUCAGUUGGACCCGUGACGUGCCACAAUCAGUGAUGCUUUAGGCGUGAACGGAUCACGGCCAAAACAAACGUCUAAAGGCUUGCUUUUAGCUCGCUAGGACCAGCUUUCACGCUAGAAUUGAACGUGCCCGACCUUUGACCCUAAAAGAUUAGCGAUUUGACCCCCAGGAAGACGAUCCCCUCCGUGGAGAAACACUCUGAUCUGCUCAUCGCUGAGCGGGGAUAAUUAUCUUCUGUGUGUGUAAGGAUUCUGCACAGAUAGAUCAGACGGCAACACAUCGACAGGAUCAAACGAAAAAUACAAAUGUAGACGUUUAAAAACGGCAACAGCGCGACUCGGCUAGAAGAGUAGAAGCGGUGUUUCUAAUGCAUUGUGGGUCUGUGUGUAUGAGACGAUAAGGAGUAGCAAGGAGAUCUGGCUUUGUGACCGAACCACUCCUCCCCAUCCCCACUUAUACUUCCAUCUCACGGCCAAACCUCUGCAUCAGAGCAUAGUGCCUUUUCUAGUCCCUUCCUGCCGGUGCGGCGGUCGUCGGGUGCGGCGACCGUAGAGGGAUUGCCUUUUUCGCGAGUAGACUGGGUGAGACUUGUUCUGACCGGGGGCGGCGGCGCUAAGACGCCGCCCCCGGUCCAGCGUGAGGUUAGAAUCCGUGCCACUGUGUGGCGCUCGUUUUGUUGCGCUCGACUAUCACUUAAAACGUAAAAAGAAAUACCUCGCCCUCUGCCGCCGCCCGUUCCCGACGACGACGCCACCGAUCCGACGUCGGAAAUCUAGAAGCGAUUCCGAAGUCGUGGGUUUCCCGAUAUCCGGAGGCGAGGAGAGAGCGAGACCGACCAUCGGUUAAGAGUUGUGAUUGACUUCGGAGCACGAUGCAGUCUGGAUGACCCCCGUCAGCCAAUCAGAUGACGUUCUGACGAGGCAGGGAAUGGCCUGCGUUGCGACGUUUUUAAUUUCGGGAGAGUAUGUAUCGGCUUCGUUGGAUCGGGUUCAGCGUAGUUUAAACGGCCAACUGAAGCAACCGCUCAUGAGAGAAGACGGUCACCAAGUUUUCAUCUCAUCACUCGAAACAUUUUUGAUUUGGUUUCUAUGGGUCUUGCGUUUUAUUUCCUACAGAAGGACCGGUCCACCUGCAGUAUUGGAUUUGAGAAAUAAUAAAAAUGGGUUUAAUAAAUUGGCAGUCUUAACGAUGGGGAAUUACGUGAUGCUAACAAAACAAGCUUAAUAAAGGAGAGCCGAGUUCAUCCGCGAUUCUGGGAGCCAACAAAAUACGACAAACUAAAUCUUAAAAUAAAAAAAUGAAAACAUUG